AAAAGGAAAGAGAAGAGAGGAAAGCAAAAGAGAGGUCUUCAUAUGGGAAAAGUAGAGAUGAUGAUACAGGAACAAAACACUCCAUAAAGGAAAAGGAAGAAGACCCUUAUGCAGAUGAAGAAUUUGAGGAUUAUGAAGAAGAUUUUGAGGAUGAAGAGGAAGAACCUAAGCCUUCCUUUACAGUAAAAACCUCCAAACAGAGGUCACCUAGAAACUUCCAGGACGAUGAAAUGAAUGAUUUAUUGAGUGCACUUGACAAAGAAAAUGAACGCCUAUUGCAAGAAUCGAGAGCUACCAGUGGUCGUCAGAGAAACCGAUAUGAGGAUCGAAGAGAAGAUGACCGGUAUGACAAUAGACGAGACGAUAGAGAUGACAGCGAUGAUGACCAGCCCAAAGUUUCCAGGUCAAAGACGCUCAUUAAUUUUAUGGGGGCAAAGAAGCGCGCGAUGGUCAGUCACGCAGGUUCAUUGAUCGGGAAGCGCGCCCAGGAUCUGUUACAGAUGAUUGAACUGGACACUUCUGAGUAUGACCUGUUUGACAUGCCGCCAGUCAAAGAGUAUGACCUCUACAUCAGGAGUUUUGGACGUACGGAUACCACUCAGGCAUAUGUCCAGACCAAUGACGAUGAUAUCGACAGAGAAGUACAGACCGAUGAGAUUGACAUGCGCCAGAAAUGGACACAACAUCCACCUGACGACUCUAUCGGCUGUGGAAGAGGAGAUGGAGCUAAAGAUCUAGAGGAAGAGGAAAAGUCUUAUGUAAACAAACAGCUGGACUUGAGUCGCCUCAGUAAAUUUGUACAGAAAGCAGGACAGGUGAUCUCCAUUUUACUUGAUGAAGAUAAAGACAUGACGAAAACCGAUAUGAAUGAAAACAAAUCCAACUUGGGUGUGAGCGCAGGUUACACACAGCUAGCACCAUUACCUAUCCUAAAAGGUCGCUGUGUCCUGUACUCUCAGUUUGCACCCUCUCAACCCAACAUGUUGAUCACAGCCUACAGUAAGCCUGCACAGGAGGAUGAGGGCAGUUCUAUCACAAAGAGAGGCAUAGUGUGUGUCUGGAACACAGACGACCCGUCCUACCCUCAAAGAAUUUUGGCGUGCGAGUCCCAGCCAACAUGUUGCUGUUUUGGUUCCAACAAGACGUCACUUGCAUUUGCAGGCAUGGUCGAUGGCUCUAUUUGUGUGUGGGACCUAAGAGAACAGUCCUCCAUGCACCGUUCCAUUUCCUACGACAACCAGGAACACAUCCUCCGAUACCCGACGUUCAACACAGCUGGAGUGAUGGAUGCAGACAAUCACCACAGUCCUGUGACCACCCUCAACCCAGUGGCCAGCUACACCCUAAGCACCUCUGAUUCAGGAGGUAGUGGUGACACAAGCUCGGGACUGUCCUUCCAGUUGAUAUCGUGUGAGGAACAGGGUGUUCUUAAUUUCUGGGUUGUAGCCGAGAUUGCCUCCCCUGAUAUGGCUGGGUCGGAGACGGAUCUGGGGCUCUCACCAGGAGGGAAAAUAAAACUUAUAAAAAGUUCAGCUAUAACAUUGCAACACCCUCCAAGGUACAAGAGGGUUGGAGACAGCCUACGGGCCACUGAGGUACAGCUAGCACCGACCGAUCCCAACCAUUACUACGUGGGCACAGACUCUGGCUACAUACUACAUGGCCUGAGGUUUGGUAAUCGUGCCUUCCCCUCCUCAUACUCAACAGGCAGUGAUGCUCCUAUGGAUAUAACAACACUGGACUUCUCUCCCUUUGGACAUCCUUGUUUCUUGACAAGCAGUAACGAUGGAUCUGUUCAUCUAUAUAAUGUGAAAACAGAUACACCCGUAAUGUCCUGGUCGUCUAGGAUCUGGAAUACACAGACACUACGUUGUGUGCGAUGGUCGCGGAGUCGGCCAUGUGUCUUCUAUGUAUUGGAUGACAAUGCCCAUCUCUACACCUUCGACAUCCUAGAGGGCGAUGCCAUGCCUGUCAAGAUAGACACACUGUCUACACAAGACAGAGUUAUGCACCUUCAAUUCACCUCCGACACCAAAAGCUCAACACAGGGACGAUUUCCACAAAUGCUUGUAAGUCACGAAUCGGGAGAGACGGAAAUACACACAAUAGCAAAGCAAUACAGAGAGCAACAGACACUGGAGAGCGACUUCCUGCCAAGCUACCUGAACCGCUUUUGAACAAACUAAAACAUGACAGACUGGAGCCAAAGAUUAUAAUUCACCAUCAGAUAUGAAAUUUUUACAACAUUACUCAAAACAAUAGUCGAAGACUGUACUCUUGUCUGCUGAACUCUUGCAAAUCAGUUUGAAUUCAUGUUUAAAAUGCUACAACUUCAGAACAUCAGUGUAGGUCAUCAAUUUGUAGCUUUAAACUGUUGAGCAUUGUAUAAUGGAGACCGCUUUAACCUCCAAAUUCAUCAUUGUUUUAUCAUUUAGAAAUAGUCAAACCAUCUCCUAAUUCUCUAUUGUAAUACUGUAUAGUGCUGAAAUUUCAAAACAUUUUAUUUUUUUAUUACAACUGCUGCUUGAACAAAUAUAUACGAAACAUAAUACAAUGUUUCUGCAAAAUCAUUCUGAGAUUUAAUAGGAUUUAAUAGGAAAAAAGAUGGACGCAGGCAAAUAUCUGCCUCUUUAUCCAUAUCAAUGAUACAAUACAUACAUAUAUACAAUAUGUAAUUCAUUAACGUUCAAUUUCAACACACAUGUAAAAACUAAUAAAAUUUACCAAGAGAUCAUAUUUCAUAUCUAUAGAAUCUGAUGCAGUUUACCCAAGAUACAAACGCAGGAAAUUUCACUAAUAAUGAUAUAUCAGUCAUUUGGAAUGUGUUUAGGUUUAGAAAUAGAUAAUGGUACUAAUUUUCAUGUACAAUUAAUGUCCUGUCCAUUAAAAUUUAACUGAUAUGUUGUGUCCCACAGGUUUCAUGAUACAGUAUAACAUUACACCUUCAAAAGGUGGUACUUAAAUUUCUUUUUUAUUUGCGCUCUCCUUGCGAAAAUAUUGCAAUCAUUAUUACAUGCUGGUAGUAUUUCCAGGGAAGAUAGGUUUGUGGGUCAAUAUCAAAUGUAUACAGUAUCGGAUUGAUACCGUGUUGUGAAAAGCAAAUGUGCAAAUCUGUAGUAAACAUGAAUUAAAAGAACCCAAUAAUCAUAUCAUAUGACUACAAUAUUAAAACGAUGUUAGUGCUCUGAAAAUGUUCAUUCAUAUACAGUUGUAUUGUGUAAUUGUUGGUGAAGUGAUUUCACCAUGCUAAGCAUUUGGUCAUAUUCCGUCCAUUCAGCGUCAACAAGUGUUCAAAAGGAGUUAUCUGUGAUAAAUUAUUUAUUAAUCGUUGUCAUAUCAUUGUAUAAUAUUUGAAAUCAGAUAUGUAUUUAAUUCAUCUAGCCUUUGCUUUGAGAACAAAAUUCUUUAGUGAUAUAUUGUAUGUGUAAAAACUGUAAUACACAUAUUGUGUCAAUGCUAAAGACAAAUUGUCUUGUUAUUGUUUUGAUAAUAUAAUAUUAGGUUGAUGAUGUUAAAUGUUUGUAUAUUUCACAUAUUAACAUUUUCAAACGUAACUGUCGAUACCUACCUAGAAUCUCUUCAGUUAUUCAAUGGUCACAAAGCCCCUGUAAAUGUUGGGAGUACGAUUGUAACAAAGCAAUGAUAUAUUUUUCCAAGAUAUAUUUUCAAAUUGCUACUUCUAGUAGGUCUGUGUUUUAGUCUCUUUGAUCUGUGUUAACACGUCAAUCUCCUGAAAAACAAUGUUAAACCUCAAGAGAUGUGUGGAUAUGUAUUCUUUAUUGAUCUUGUUGGUCGUUUUCGCAGUGAGACAAGAGACAAGACGCGCGUGUAAAAUUGAUGAUUUUUGUUUUCUUUUAAUCAUCUCACAGAUUUCUUUGCUUUCAUCAUCUGGUCAUCACUAGAUGUGUCAAUUUUAAUUGUGUGUUGCUGUGGUGGCAGUACUCGUAGAGUUAUUUACAACUUUUAGUAGAAACAUGACGAGGAAAAAUGGAGAGAAAAAAAUGUUUUCAUUUUCAGAUUUAUGGAGAAUCACUUUUUGUUUAAAAGCAAAUUAAGUCUUUUGUUUUAUUCCAAUUUGUAGCUGUAAUAUAUUGUUGUAGAAUGCAAGAAGUUGUCAUGACAUGGAUGAUCUGUGAAGAAAUUUGUCUCAAAAAUAAACCAUCAAAAUUUUG